AUGCCGGUCGUCUCAUCAGAAAAGCUGGCCAGCUUGCAAAGGCAUUCCAGCGAUGUCCGAAAUAUUUGCAUCCUGGCACACGUUGAUCACGGAAAGACAUCGCUCACAGACGCUCUCCUCGCCACAAAUGGCAUCAUUUCACCAAAGCUCGCGGGCAAGAUCCGCUACUUGGACUCCAGGCCUGAUGAACAACUUCGAGGUAUCACCAUGGAGUCCUCCGCCAUCUCACUCUACUUCUCGAUGCUCAGGAGAAACGCCCCCGAUGCGGCACCGGAAGCCAAGGAGUACCUCAUCAACCUCAUCGACUCACCUGGCCAUAUUGACUUCAGCAGUGAAGUCUCCACAGCAUCUCGACUGUGCGACGGUGCUGUGGUUUUGGUCGAUGUUGUCGAGGGCGUCUGCAGUCAAACAGUUACAGUACUACGCCAGACCUGGAUCGAAAAGCUGAAGCCAUUACUCGUCUUCAACAAAAUUGACCGACUCAUCACCGAACUCAAGAUGACACCAAACGAGGCCUAUGUCCAUCUCAGCAAACUCCUGGAACAGGUCAACGCUGUGCUAGGAAGCUUCUUCCAGGGCGAGAGAAUGGAAGAGGAUCUCAACUGGCGCGAGAGGAUGGACGAGCGGGUUAAGGCCGCUGCUGAAAAAGAGUCUGGCAUCGCAGAAAGGAUCAAUGACGCCGGCGAGCUUCAAUUUGAGGAGCGCGACGACGAGGACCUCUAUUUCGCUCCAGAACGCAACAAUGUCAUUUUUGGCAGCGCCGUAGACGGCUGGGCAUUUACCGUUCGUCAAUUUGCCAGUCUGUACGAGAAGAAGCUGGGAAUCAAGCGCGGCAUCAUGGAAAAAGUCCUCUGGGGCUCUUUCUACCUGGACCCGAAGACGAAAAAGAUUCUCGGCCCAAAGCAUCUCAAGGGCCGCAACCUCAAGCCCAUGUUCGUGCAGCUUGUUCUUGAGCCCAUUUGGGCCGUCUACCAGGCCACAACAGGCGGAGACCAUGGAAAGGGAGACCCCGCGCUGCUGGAAAAGAUCACCAAGUCCCUCAACCUGACUUUGCCCCCUCACAUUAUGCGGAGCAGAGACCCAAGGUUAGUGCAGAGCGCCGUAUUCGCCGCAUGGCUGCCUUUGUCUACCGCCCUGCUUGUCUCUGUCAUCGAGUCACUGCCUGCACCGCCAGUCGCCCAAGCUGCAAGACUUCCCGAGAUGAUUCAGGAGUCCCCUGGUGGCGAUCAUGUCAGCGACGAUGUCAAGGACGCAAUGGUGUCCUUCAAGACGGAAAAGUCAGACCCCAUCGUCGCCUACGUCAGUAAAAUGGUCUCCAUCCCAGAAAGCGAACUUCCACAGAACAAGCGACGUGCGGGACAGCUAAGCCCAGAAGAAGCACGAGAACUUGCGCGGAAGAAGCGUGCCGAAGCGGCUCGGGCUCAAGCUGCAGUCGGUGGCGACAAUGCCGUCAACGAUCUUGGCACCGCACUCGAGGAAGUCGACCUCGACAAUUACGCUCCGAAGCAAGAAGAGAAGGAAGAGGACCCAGAGCAUCUGAUUGGCUUUGCGCGCAUGUAUUCCGGCACGCUCUCUGUCGGCGACGAGCUUCAUGUCAUACCUCCCAAGUGGUCGCCUGCGAAUCCACAUUCCCCUGAGCCGCACAAGAUCACGGUGACCGCCUUAUACAUGCUGAUGGGCAGGAGUCUGGAGGCUCUCGACUCUGUACCGGCGGGCGUUGUGUUUGGCAUUGGAGGACUGGAGGGUCACAUUCUCAAGUCUGGAACCUUGUGUAGUCGACUGGAAGGCGCUGUCAACCUUGCUGGCGUCAACACGCUAGGCAAGCCCAUUGUUCGCGUUGCUCUUGAGCCUGUCAACCCUGCUGAUCUCGACAAGAUGAUCCAUGGCCUGCGAUUGCUUGUGCAGAGCGAUCCAUGCGCCGAGUACGAGCAGUUCAGCAGCGGAGAGCACGUUCUCCUGACAGCAGGCGAACUUCACCUUGAGAGAUGUAUCACGGAUCUCCAAGAUCGAUUUGCCCACUGCGAAAUCCAGGCUGGCGCCCCCAUCGUGCCGUACCGCGAGACUAUUGUCAAGGCGGAGGAGAUGCGUCCGCCUGCGAACAAGGACCUCGGCCGUGGUGUCGUGGUCGGUGUGACAUCGUCCAAGCAGGUGUCCGUCAAGCUCCGUAUUCGGCCCCUGCCUGCCAAGGUCACCGACUUCCUCUCGAAAAACAGCGAAUGCAUCAAGCGCUUGUACACCGACCGCAAGGUCGAGAACGGCGCCAGCGAGGAGACGCAAGCUGAUGAGGCCGACAUUGACACCGACGUGGCCGCCGGAAAGACCCUGUCGCAAGACGAAUUCAAGGAGCAGCUCCAGGCCCAGCUCGAGUCUGGCAAGGGCCGCGAGGCCUGGAAGAACACGGUUGAAAGAAUCGCCGCGUUCGGCCCGCGCCGGACAGGCCCCAACCUUCUCAUUGAUGGGACCUCGGAGGGCAUUCUCCAACAUCUGUUCGCAUCCGAUGCCACGGACCGCGAUGUCGCCGUAACCACUGCCGACGAGUCCCUACGCCCUGCCCAUCUGGCCGACAAGCUCACGUACGCCUUCCAGCUCGCCGUGGCCCAGGGCCCUCUCUGCCACGAACCCGUCCAAGGCAUCGCCGUCACGAUCGAAGAGGUCACGAUCCACGAGACCGAGGAGGCGCCCACGUCGUCCGCCCGUCUCACAGGCGAAGUCCUCAAGACGACGUCCAACGCCAUCCACAGCGGCAUGCUCGACUGGUCGCCGCGCCUGCUGCUCGCCAUCUACACGGUCGAGAUCCAGGCCUCGACAGAGGUGCUCGGCCGCGUGUACGAUGUCCUCACGCGCCGGCGCGGCCGCGUCCUCUCCGAGGCCAUGAAGGAGGGCACCCCCUUCUUCACCAUUGCGUCUGUGCUGCCCGUCGCUGAGUCGUUUGGGUUCGCGGACGAGAUGCGCAAGAGGACCUCGGGCGCCGCGCAGCCGCAGCUCAUCUUUGCCGGUUUUGAGAUUCUGGACGAGGACCCCUUCUGGGUGCCCUUUACGGAAGACGAUCUCGAAGACCUGGGCGAGUUUGGUGACAAGGAGAACGUGGCCAAGAGGUACAUGGACGCGAUCCGCAAGAAAAAGGGCCUCCUCGUUGAGGGUCGCAACGUGGCGACCGAUGCGCAGAAGCAGAAGACGCUGAAGAGGUAG